UGUCAAACGCUGCACUCGGCACACCUCGGCCGAUUCCGUUCCUCCAUCAUUAAUCAAAUAUCAGUUUUGAUGGCAGAUUCAAGUAGUAAGAGCCAGACAAGUUAUUUCAUCGCCAAGUGUGACAGUAUAGCGUCUUUACGUAAAUGUAUUACCACAUCCAGAUGGGCAUGUAGAUGUCGCAAGACGCCUCCACACCCCAGUGACCUUCUCACUCGUGCCCGAAGUAACAGUGACUGCGUUAUCAUCAUUUUCAGUGUAAACAAUUGUCAUGGAUGGCAUGGUUUCGCUGAAAUGGCUAGUGACAUUGAAAUCCAUAAGAGUGUAAAUUGUUCUUCAGUGGGAACAAAAACAAAAUGUGAAUAUUCCACGACCACAGAAUAUAGUUCUGAAAAUACAGAACAUAAACAUGCCACUGAUCAAACAUGUACAGAUUCUUAUCAAUCUGACUGGAAUUUCUUUGAUGUGAAAUGGAAAACACAUUUUUUGAAUGACUUUGGUGAAAGGUGUCUCAGCUUCCAAGCAACAGAUCAGGAACAGUAUAGACUGAUGGAUGGGACACCUUUGAACAAAGCACGGAAUUGGCAGGAAGUGCCAUGUGAUUUAGGAAAUAAUUUAUGUAUUUUGAUUGAUGAAUUUUACAAAGAACUAAAAACCAAACAACAACAAAAAAUAGAAAUGGCAGCCAAAAAUUUGCCUGUUCCUUUUUUUCAUUCCUCAGAUGAAGUAGAUUUGAUGAAUGAAAAUUGGAUGAAGAUAUCUGAGAAAGUCACAAAGGAGCUUGGAAGCAUUGUAAUGGCAUGUCCAUUUGGUAGCAGGAGGUAUAACCUACACACCCCUACAAGUGAUAUGGACAUGUUCCUGGUGUACCAGGCCAGGACACAUGACAUUCUGGGCUUUAACCCUCCCAAGCAAACUCUAAAGAGUAAUGAGCCUGAAUCAUGUGAUUUUACCAUUCAUGAGAUAUUUCGUUUCGGAGAGCUCCUGAUGUCCGGAGACCAUCGCUGUGUGGAGACGUUAUUUCUGGCAGAUAGUUCACUGGUUCACACAAGUCUUCCAUUCAAACAUCUUCAACAAAAUAAACACUUGUUUAUAAACAGAAAUUGCCUUGAUAAGUACCUGCGUGAUGCCUGUGGGAGCAAGGGAACAAAACUGCUUCAUCGCUGGACAGAUGGACAUGAAGCAACUGAGGUCCUGUCCCAACGCAUGGCUAAACUUGCUUACAUCAUCAUACGUUUAUUGCAGAAUGCAGUGGACAUCGUUAGAGAAGGUUCAAUAAUGGUGUAUCGACCCAAGGAAUCUGCAGAGAGGAAAGCAUUGAUGAACAUUCGACAAGGCAAACCAACAAUAGGGGAAACCUGGGACGAGAUUAAUAGACUUCUGUCAUAUGUAGAGGACAAUAAGGCUAGCGUCCCGGAAUAUACAGAUAACAUGGCUAAAUUUCUAGAGGACUGGCUGAUUCAACUCAGACGAGAACACUUCUCAUAAUUCAAGAUUUCAUUUUAGAUUUACAAGAAG